AUGCCUCCACCUUCAGAACAAUCCACCGCCGGCACGCCCCUCGCCCCGAGCGUAGAGAAAGCGUACUACCGCAAAUGCAUCGAGCUCAAACGCCGCCUCAACGAAGUGGAAGCCGCCAACGACGAGGCCAAGAUGCGCCGCGUCCGCCUCGAUCGCGCCAUCAUGAAGAUGCGCCUGGAACGCGCCUUCCUCCUCGAGCAGCUGAGUAAGCGCAUGGAGCCGAAUGUGGAUGGGAGUGAGGGCAGUGGGGACGAGGGGGUCUUGGCGACGCCUCCACUCGAGCGGCCGCAUCGGGAUAAGAGACGGCAGACGAACGAGGAGAGGCCGAUGUCGGGGGGUGGUGUGGUACCCAUUCUCCAACCUCAUCCCUCGUCCCUUGGUCAUGCUCAUGCGCAACAUGUAUCGCCGUAUGCGCAGCAGAUACCCCCUACACAACGAGCGCCCUCGGAUCCGCAGAAUCUAGGAGCACUAAACCCAUCUUAUGGCUCGACGUACAGUCCACCACAUCAACCAACCGCUCGGCCAACGUCGUCCUAUGGUCAUCCGUCACACGAGAGUCCCUAUCGUGCUCCUGUCGGCAUGCCAGGGGCUACCGUGUCUACUCAAAUCAACAACAUAGAUGGUACAACGGAAGAAGCCGCCCCUUCAAGUUUCGACCGCGCUGAGAGUGUUACGGGACAGGCACUCACGGCCGGUCCACGGAUCAGAGCAGAUAGAAACGGCGAGCGACGGGCGGUGGCAGAGGACAAUGUUGAAGUCGAUGGCGAUGAGCUUGAUCCUGGACAUGGUAGUUUGGGCGGUGGCGGAACGGGGGGCGAUGGGUUCCCCGCCGUGAAUCAACAAUAA